AAUAAACCAAUAUACACACAAAGAAAAGAACAACUCCCGAUGCUGCAUUAUUUGGUUUAUAAAUCUUUUUUUUUUCUCUUUCUUUAUUCCAAGAAAUAUGAGUAAAGAAGACACACCCAAUUAUUUAAGGGCAUUCUCUCAUAAAAAGUUAAAUAAAAAAAGAAGAGAAACCACGAAAUCCUGCUGAGAUCUGCCAUUGCUAAACCUCUCAACCCAUGGAUCCUUGUAAUAAUCCUAAGAAAACAAGACACCAGAGUCAUAUGUCUGAAGAAAGAGAGGAAACGAAGAAGAAGAAGAUGCUUCUCCAUCGCAACAUCGAACGGCAAAGAAGACAAGAAAUGGCCAUCCUUUUUGCCUCUCUUCGUAGUCAACUACCUCUCCAAUACAUCAAGGUUUAUAGCUCUCUUUCUUCGCAGGGAAAGAGAGCAAUGUCAGAUCAUGUAAACGGAGCAGUAAAUUUCAUCAAGGACACGCAAAACCGGAUACAAGAUCUAGCCGCAAGAAGAGACGAGCUAAAGAGAGAACUUCGUCCGAUUUGUUCGGACCCUAGUAGUCAAACCGGAUCCGGAUCUGGAUCUGGUUCAAGUACAUCGGAUCCAACUAGUGUCAUGGUGCAACCGUGCCUGAGCGGCAUCGAGGUGGUUGUGAAUAGCUCAGCAUCAGGUCUCGAGGCUUGGCCACUCUCAAGAGUUCUUGAGGUUCUUCACGAGCAAGGACUUGAAGUCAUUAGCUCUUUAACCGCAAGAGUCAAUGAGAGGCUCAUGUACACUAUACAAAUCGAGGUAAAUAGCUUUGUAUGCUUCGACUUAGCUUGGUUGCGGCAGAAGCUCAUUGAGGAGUUGACACUUUCGACGACCGGGUACUGAAAAUUAAACAUUUCUCCUAAGAACAUUUUCGUCAAAUGAUCCUUUUUGUCCCCAUUUCUUUGUUUUAGUUUCUGUAGGAUUGUUUUUCUUUUGGUCUUUCUCUUCUUGGAGUGUAUUUUUGUGCAAAGAUGAUCGAAUCAGCCAAUUUCUAAACUCACUUUCAUGCCUCUAUAUAUAAAUAUAUAUUAAGUAUCUUUUUACUAUUAAUGAAUUCUUCUACUG